CAAUCAGCUGCGAGUAAGGUGGGGUAUUAGACCAGAUUCACCGGGAGCGAGUGAGAGCUGCCGUCUGCUUGGACUCAACAACACGAUUUCGCCGUCCUAGGUGGGCAUGGAGUCCAAGAUUUGGGAAGAGUGAGACGACGUUACAAGGUACAAGACACAGGACAACUCCCAUGGCUGCUACAAACAGUAGCAGAACUGAAACCAGACCAGGCUGGGUUGCUUUUUCAGAUGAGGAGUCAAAGGCAGAUGAGGACCACCUCCAGCCUUUAGACCAGCCUGUGCUGGACUCCUCUACUUGGGCAGAAGUACCAUUUCUGUCUGGUCCGAUAGCAGAGCAGCCGAAUUCCUGGGUUCAGUUUGAUGACAAAGCAUGGCCACCCUCUCUUCCUCUCCCAUCACAAGUAGAGGAUUGUUUUAUUGCAGGUCCCAGGCAUAGCAUUUGCUCUUCUGCCAGUUUCUGGAGUGCCGUUCCCCCAUCAGAAAGCGGCUGGACCACCCAAUCAGAGGACCAGAGCUCUGUGAGCAUGGGGGCGUCUUCCUGUGACCUCCCCUCUCUUAACACUGAAGAGCCUUCCAGUCAAACACCCUCCUGUCCCCACUCUCCUAAUUCUUCUGUGUGCCAAGAAGAUGAAGGAAUGAACAUGGUUUCAUUCAACUGGACAGCAAACAACCAACACCCCAAUGGCCAAGCUUAUGUCACCUCUAACCGCUUUGCCAGCUGGGUUACUUUUGAAGAUGACGAGGACUCCGUUUUCCAACCUCCAGGGAGACAGUCUAAUAUAAAACUGGAUAACCUUAACAAUCCUUCUCUGCAGGAUGCCAACAGCAAUCUGAUCUCCUCUUCUUUUUGUGGUCAGAAGACAGAGAGACACAUCCUGGGCUUGACCCCUGAUGGCACCAAUGCCAUGUUUGCCUUUAAUAGCACACUAUCAAACAACAGCGUCCCUUACAACAAGAAAAACCCUUUCCUGGAUGAUGAGUUCUCAAACCUACAACCUUCUCCUAUAAACCCUUUCAGUGCCUAUUUUGACAAUACAGACCUGAAAACAUCCCAAGGCAUUGGCUUGUGUCAGGAGGCAUCAGAUGUGUCCACCUUCAGCUCGCCAUUCUUUGAGUAUCAAGAUGCUGAUAUAAAAAGGGAGUCUCUGUUGCUUUUUUCAUCACAGAAAGACACUGUAGUUGCAAAAGAUAGUAUCCCAUCAGGAUUUCCUGUAGAUGGUCUGGAUCAGCUCAGGAAUAUACACAUCUCUGACCCUGACAAUGACGGUAGUCCUACUCUACCAGAUGAUUCAGUGGAGGUAGUUGACUCUGAUGAUUCAGCCUAUGAACCAGACCAUAUGAAUCCUCAGGAAGGUUGGCCCAUGCUCCUGCGCAUCCCUGAGAAGAAGAACAUCAUGUCCUCACGUCACUGGGGACCAAUAUUUGUCAGGUUGACGAACAGUGGCCAGCUGCAACUUUUCUAUGAGAAAGGACUGGAAAAGCCCUUCAAAGAGUUCCAGCUGAACUCUCAGCAUGAAAUAUCUGAACCUAAGCUCCAAAACUACGACGAGAAUGGCCGUGUUCAUACCAUCAGUGUAGACCAUGUGGUUUACAAAGAGAAAAGGAAGAUCCAGCCCAAGGUCACUGUGGUUCAUAUGCCUGUAAGAGAGCAAGUGGUAAAGCUUGGGACAACAAACUACCAAGACUUCUUGAGCUUUCAACAUACUCUGCAGGAGAGGCUUGUGGGCCUCUCAAUAGAUCAAGAAGGUCUAAACUUGCCAACGACUUACACUGAGGAGGAGAUCCAUGUGGAGGUGAGGGAUAACUUCUAUGGGAUUGUCUCCAAAGGGGACAGCCGUAUCUUGGAGCAGCAAGUUAUGACCCGAGUGUAUAUGCUUGCCUUCUUGAAUGGAUCUCCACCUUGCAGUAUCGGCCUAAAUGAUGUCCAGGUCAAAGGUAAAGAGGUGGUUUCUCGGCAUGACAUAAUUCCCAACUCAACGUCACGUUGGAUUCAACUGCGGGAUAGUCGACUGCAUGAGUGUGCAGACCAGUUAGAGUUUGCAGAGUCCCGAGCUAUUACAUUUAGCCCACUGGUUGGUCGUCGCUUUGAACUGCUGCGUUUCCGUACAGCGUUUGCUGAAAAAACCCUUCCCUUCACUCUGAGAACAGUCGCUUGUGUCAAGGGUGCUGAAGUGGAGAUGCAGUCCUGGCUGGUGAUGUCAACAGGGUUCUCAUCCAAUCGGGAUCCUUUAACAUUAAUACCAUGUGAGAAUGUUGCUAUCCGUUACCCCAUACCAGAAAUUUGGGCAAAGAACUUUAAGCGGGAGAGUGUGACAGGAGAGAAAUCCUUGAAGGCUCGCUUCAAUAAAGGAGCCAGUUUUGGUUCGACCAGUACGUCAGGUUCCGAACCGGCCAUGAGGGUCACGUUUGGCACGGCGAAAUACGAACAGGCCUUCAGAUCUGUAGUGUGGAGGAUCAGUCGCCUGCCAGACAAGAACUCAGCACUCGGACAUCCUCAUACGUUCUUCUGUCAUUUGGAGCUGGGUUCAGAUUGGGAGGUGCCUGCAAAGUUUGAGUGCCUGGUGGAGGUUGAGUUUGACAUGCCCUCUGCUUCUGCAUCCAGAACCACUGUUCGUUCUCUGUCCGUGGGGGACAGAACUGACUUGAAGAAAUGGAUCACCUACAAAUCACAUUACUCCUAUCAGGUGGCAGUGGAGCAGAAGAAUGAGAGCACAUUGGAAAGCCCUCAGAAGUAGCAACCAGGCCAGUGCCCUCGACAGUGAGGAACCAGGAGGAGAGGAAGGUUUAUAGCUUGCACUUGUUGAACGAGAGAAUGUUCAACCCUAAACUAGGGUAAUUUUCGUUUACAUUUCUUGCUCAUUUGGACAUUUUUUUUUCCUUGUUUUGCAAAGGUUACUUGCAAUAUCGAAAGAUCACAGAUCCCUUGCAACACUACAGUAUAUUUCCAGAUCUCCACAGGCAUUGCAUGUCCAAAUAUGUCAAGAAUAUGAUUUGCUAUUGCAGCAAAGUCCAGAGCUUUUAUUUUAUGGACAUGGAAAUCUGGCAUUGCCCACAUAGCGCACAACUUACAAUCAUCUCAUAAAGUAAUCAUAUUUGCCUAAAA